AUGCGGUACAACCUCGUCAAGAUGAUCCUUCGCGGAUUCGAGCUACUUAUAACACUCCUGCUGACAGCUGUGACCGGCAACGUAAUCGCAUCCAACAUUGAUGCCGCUGGCACAGCGACUGCCGCCGUCAACUUUGUCAUGUUCGUCGCUGCUGUCUGUUGGAUUGUCUCUAUUAUUGGACUCGGCUCAUUCUUUGCCUCGGUCCUCGACAAGCCUGUCGCACAACUGGUCCUCGACGGCAGUGUCGUUCUCUUCACGUUUAUUGCCGCCAUCGUUCUUGCAGCAAAACUGCGUGUUGUGGACUGCGGAGACAUCAACCCCAAGGCUCUGCCAGGCGACUGGAUCGCGUGGGGUUCUGGCAGCGACGAGAAGCGUUGUCGUGAGCUCCAGGCCAGCACCGUCUUCAUGUGGUUCCUCUUCGGAUCCUUCUGUGGCAGCCUGUUCCUCACCGUUAGGGACGUUCGCAGCACCUAUGGCUCCAUCCGUGGCUCAAGGCCAAGCAUGUCCCAGAUCGGUGUCUAA